AAAGCACCUCAAAGGCCUAGGUUUUAAUGCCAACAAGGAGUCAGAUGGAGUCGUGUCAUCCUUGCUCAACGACCAGAAAGUCGCAAGAUACGAUUUGAUCGCAGUCCAAUAGCCAGCCCUCUUGAAUAUCAAUCCCAACACAUCCACAACCCGGCGCAAAUCAUCUGGCACACAGUCUAUCCGACCUAGAUAGAAGUGAACAAUCAACGCCCACGGGUAUACUUCUACGUGAACAUGAGUAUGCCGAUAAAAGACUGGUCGAUCAAGUGACACUCAGGGAACUAUAUCACCCUCGCUUUGAUCCAAUAGACGUUCCAACAAGGACAAGAGACAUCGACAAUGCUCGAGAUCGACGUUCACAACGUCUACCAAGAGCCUGGCUUAGAAUUGGUUCACGUGCUUACUGAACUAGAGAAGGUACAAAACUCAAUCCCGCAAGGAACAGACUACCAUAAACACCUCGUGAUGAGCGAUUUCAAUACUGACCCCUCUUGAUGAAAGUAUCACUAAUCGACUCGGACGACAAGGCAGACGAAAACACAAGCACAUCCUGCCGUUCUGACCUACAACUGCUUCGGAAAUUAGAAACCAUCGCACACAUCAGCCACAACAAUACAGCAAGGAGCACUCUAAACCUAGAACUUGCCACACCGGGCCUCGCGUAAGGACUACUAUUCCAAAGUCGAGAAGAAGCCUCAUCCACAAAUCAGCCUACGUGCCCAUAGAGAUCAUUUUCAACAUCGAAUUGGCUACCAGGAAACCAAGCUGAUCCGCACAUAAAACGCCACGAACUACGAGAUCCUAGACUGAAGCCCUAAAGACUACCUACCUGCACCCAACCAGCCGCUCAACACUGAGACGGACAUUGACUACUUUGCCAAUCGAGUGGUAGGAGCAUUUAGGCCAGCAGUAGAUGCAGCAGUACUGAUCAAGAGCAUACCCAAGUACUCAGUACCAGGGUGGGCACCGGAGCUAAGCAAGUGCAUCAUAGAGGCUAAGAGGACCAAACGCAAAUACGAGACCAUCCAAUCCGAGGAAGAUAGAGCUGCCAUCAUCAUCCAACAAACAAGAAAAAGAGAAAGAUCAAGAUCAAGAUCCGCAACCGUUGGAGAAUCAAUGACGUCUUAUCCGAGGCCUGUGGGAACUUGAAAAAGACUUGGUGACUCGGCAAAUGGGCCAAAGAACGCGAGACCCCUAAUCGUCCAUACACGUCACCUCUAGCUAUCGAAGGAAGGCUGGGUCACUACACGACGUUAUCUCAGGGCAAAGCUGAUAUCCUCUGGGACAAAUUCUUCCCGUCGGUGCCCACCAUAGACAGAACGGACAGAUCGCCAAAUUGUUGGUUGAACAACUCCCCCAGGGAUAGGAGCACAUCACCAAAGCCAUCGAACAUACCGCAGACAUGAACCUGGUUGAUUCGGGAACUCCUCAGGGCUCGCCACUCUCCGCAGGCUGCUACAAUGCCGACCUUGUAGAGGAAUGCAACUACCCGGACAAUGAUAUCUCCUGUCUCGCUUGGAUCGACGACACAGCAGUUAUCGUAAUCGACAGAACUUACGAAGACAACAGUCAGCCUCUCGAGACUACAUGAGCAGAAGAUGGAGCCCUAGGCCAAACGUCACGACAUACACUUCAACCUAAAGAAAAUCGUCCUUAUGCACUUCCGCGCCCCACAGAGGAGACAGGGAAAAUGGUCUAUGGCACCCAGGGAAGGCUAAGCGCCGGUGCCCAUCGGUGGAGCCAUAAUCAAACUCUCAGAAAGAGCAAAAUUUCUAGAGAUGGUCCUAGAGCCUCGUCUAUACUUCGUGGACCAUCUUGACAAGAUCAUGAGCAAAGUCAGAAAGAGCAUGGCGAUCCCCAGCAUUUUUAGGUACUCCACACGAGGUAUCACCGUCGACGAACUCCGCAACGAGUACAUGGCAACCAUCAUCCCUCAGACCCUGUCUGGCAAAACGGCGCGGUACAACCCGGACGCCUACAGACCCUGGCGGAGACAGCCGUUAACCUCGAAGAAGGUUCAACUCAGGGCAGCCAGAAUCAUCACAGGGACAUGGAAACCCGCACCAGCCGACGCACUCGACGUGGAAGCCCACCUAACACCCAUCCGCCUAAAACCGAAACAAACCCUCGACCUUACCCUUGUCCGUCUCCCGGCAUAUCCACAGUACGACGUCAUCAGGAGAAUCAGGCAGAGAGGAGAGGCAAGGGACUUCGUACACCAGAACUGGGAUAGGUGCCCGACGCCACCAGAACUCCUGGAAGGAAAGGCGCUUCGGCCCCAUCCACAACAAGCCGCUCACGGCCCCAGAAAGCCUACUUCCUUUCACCAGACCGCCCCACCAAGAAGCGCCAGAGAUCGAGAUCGUACCCACCCGCGACGAGGCCAUAAUGAAACACAAUAUCGGGCACCUGUCAGUAGCAGACCACGCCCUAUACACUGACGGGAGUAGUAUCAAUGGGCUGAUAGGUAGCGCCGCCUUAUAGCUUCUACACAGGUGCCACUAGACAAGUCAUGCUCGGCCCCGACACCGAGUACAAUGUGUCUACGCAGGGGAACUAUGGGACAUUCUCAUGGCACUAGAAAUUGCCGAUAUGGACAGCUCAGGCGACAAGAACCGUUGUACGCUUAUCUACACAGACAACCAGGCUGCGAUCAGGAACCAAUCAGACCGAAACAUCAUCCGGAGAAUCUGCAACAUCUACCGCAUACUGAUGAAUAAGUAAGGAAAAGGCACCAUCUCUCCCUUGUCCGCGUCCGCAAAUUAUAUCCCUGAGAUCUUCUCACAAACAAGCACUCGCUCAUUGGCAUUGUUGGGCUAUGGAGACAGGAAGGUGGUUAAACGUACGCCAGUUGUGUGCGUUGCUGGCGACCAAGGCAUUUUAGUCUUUCCACCCAUCGAGCUCUAGAGAAUGAGCAGUGGCUUGGCCUAGAUGUUCAACGGCCCCCCCGACCCAGCGGGCGCGCUGUUCACUCUUCCGUCUCACCACCAGGUCGACGGAAUCCCCCUGCGCUUCGCCUUUCGCCUGAGAGUGAGGAAGUUGCCUCUGCACUACACGAGUUCAAGCUGGUAAGAUGGACACCAAAGCUGACCUCCGGGGACAGGACAGGCACGAUCUCAUAUCGAUCUGAGCCCGUCAAUCGUCCCUCUCGGAUUGAACCGCACCAUCUCGGGCUGCUGGGAUCUUUUGAUCUCGAACAUGCACGAGUGCAACCACCGAGCCCGA